AUGGUGUACUACGCUUAUGCAAAGAACAGCAACGACGAUUGGUCAUGGCGCUACGUUAUUGUCGCACCUUCUUAUGAUAUCCUUAACGAGUGGUAUGAGGCGGUUAGAGCACGAGUCACUGAGAAUGUUCUUUGGCGCGUCUCCGAGGAUUUCUACGUGUUUGAUAGGACCAAGCUAAACCUCGGAAGAAGCACUGCUCCGGGCAACGAGGCUCCGCAGUUUAUGAAUAAGAUUAUCUUUCAGCUGCAGAAUGACAACGAGGGCAGAGGCAUCUCAACUUUUAAUAAUCACUGGAGUCGCUGA